GACCGCCUUUUAUUUCCUCUCUCUCUCUCUCUCUCUAGGGUUUUCUUUCUUAACCGCGUCUACUUUUGAAAAAAUUAAACACUUCUUGUGCCCAAUAAUAUUUAUAAUAAUUAAUAAUAAUCAUUUCUCACAAACAAAAUCCAAGAAUUUAAUACUCAUGUCUCUUGAAAUCAAGACCCCUAUUCAGCCACUCUCAAGUUUGAUCCAGCUGCUUUCUGGGUCAACCAUGGCUUGAAUCUGCUAGUUUCUAUCUGGGGUGGCAAGUCCUGGGACGGAAGUGUACAAUGUUCCUGAUCAAGGACUUGCUGAUAUGUAUCUGAUUCAAGAUACUGUGUCAAACCCACAGUCUACUGCUCAAUUUGGACGAUUCGGAGCCAUGUAUAACGAGGGAACCCCUGACUACUUUCUUGACCAGGGUUUGUAUUAUCCAACUGCCACCAGCUAUGGAUACAUCUGUACAGGAAUUGAAUCAACCGGUGACUGGGAUGACCACCGUAUGAUUUUUGGUCUGGAUGGUCAAGAUAUUCAGUAUACUGGUUUGGCAAAUGAAAGUCUGCCAUAUGUAUAUUAUACUCCUAGCUAUGGGUAUGGAGAGUCUCCCUACAACCCGUAUAAUCCUUACAUCCCUGGUGCUAUGAUAGGACUGGAUGGAUCAAUUGUAGCGCCCCCACAGUACUAUGCCCUUCCAUCAUUUGAGAAUUCCGUAUCACCCCCUGCAUAUGUGCCCUUGGUCCUUCCAUCAAGGCUUGAUACAGUUGCAAGUGGGAUGACCGACUCAUUCAUUGAAAAUGCUGUAUCCGUGAAUAAAGUUGAUGGUUCAGUUGCUAAAUACAAUUUACCUUCAAAUGCACCUAAUUUUUCACCGGCUCCGGUGAGGGAUGCUUCUAGUCGGAGAAAUUCCUUUGCAAGUGUUCCUGAAGGGGUUAGAGCUAAUACUGGAUCUGGAAAGCAGCCUGUGCCAAGUAUGACAUCUAGUAGUUUCAUGAGUCCAGAAUCAUCACAAAUUCGCUGGGUUGGAGGUCCUCAAGGUUCAGAAAAUGCUCCCCGUGUGAAGGCUACAUCAGGUGGUAGUCAACUAAAAAGUACUUUUACUUCUGAGAAUGGACCCUCUGGUUUUGAAUCAGGUGAUCUUACCCGGGCAUCUAUACAUAAAGUCAAGUCCAAGUUACUUUAUGAGAGAGCCUCUGAUGAUGUAAGAGUCAGCCAUGAUACAUUGAGCGAGCAGAAUCGGGGACCAAGGACAAACAAAUUGAGGAAUCAGUUGAUAGUUAAAGCCUAUACAGCAAGGGCAGGAAAUCCUGAUGCACAAGGAAACAUUGUUAUCUUUUUGGACCAGUACAACAAAGUUGAUUUUCCUGUGGAUUAUGUAAAUGCAAAGUUCUUUGUGAUCAAAUCAUAUAGUGAGGAUGAUGUGCACAAGAGUAUAAAGUAUAAUGUGUGGUCAUCUACACCUAAUGGAAACAAGAAGCUUAAUGCUGCAUAUGAAGAUGCCCAGAAAAUAGCGGCGGGGGGUUCACAAUACUGCCCUGUCUUUCUCUUCUUUUCUGUUAAUGCUAGUGGCCAGUUCUGCGGUGUUGCUGAGAUGACCGGCCCUGUGGAUUUCCAGAGAGAUAUGGAUUUCUGGCAGCAAGAUAAAUGGAGUGGUAGCUUUCCUGUGAAGUGGCACAUUAUAAAGGAUUUACCGAACCCCAACUUUAGGCACAUCAUACUGGAAAAUAAUGAGAACAAGCCAGUUACUAACAGCAGAGACACACAAGAGAUAUGCUACAAGAAAGGUUUGGAGAUGCUGCAAAUAUUCAAAAACUAUACAUCAAAGACAUCCUUGCUUGACGAUUUCAUGUACUACGAAAAUAGACAGCGGAUUCUGCAUGAAGAGAGGUCAAGGCUUCUAAGGAAGAGCUAUGAAAAUCCAUAUCUUGUUCCACUAAUAGAUCCUCCGCGCAAGCUUCAAUCUCCUCAUGAUUCUCCUUCUAUUGGAGAUGUAAAUGGUACUGAAGGUGAUGCCAAUUUGACUAUUGUGAACCUAAACAAAGUCCCAGCAGGGGAUGAAUCAGAUGGCUCAAUGAAGAACCAUUCUGCACCUACUGGGCGAGUCUCCUUAGAUUUUAAUGGUGACGACUUAAUGAGUGUCAGUGGGAGCUGCCAAGUUUCAGCAGAUGGAGUGGCAAAUGUAGUAGAUGAAUUGAAAAUUAGUGCAUUGACUAUAGAGCCAGAGUCGGGGGGUGGUGCUGUUUCUAACACAACAAACGGUGAGGUGGUUAAUGUUGUCACUAUCGGGUCGAUGCCAGUGAAGGUUAUGGGCACAGCUUCGUCAGGCUUUUUGACAGUUGGAACAAUUCCACUGGAUCCCAGAGCUCUUCAGCGUGAGUAGGGGGGUUUAUAGAAGAAGACAAUAUAUAAAAGGAGGUUAUGGUGGAUGGGGGUGUCCAAAUUUAACAUUUUGUUUGGAUGAUGUUGAGAAGUCCCGGGUGAAGUUCUAGUGGAUUGCGUGCAGCACACACUCGGUGAUGGCUACUGUGUUGAAUCACUGGUGGUACUUGCAUGGGUGGCUCGCAGUUUUUGACGAGUUCUUAUUUGCCACAAUGACAACUGAUGGUUUUUGUUUUUUGUUCUUUUGCAUGUAUUUUGUUCUUGGCAUCAAUGGUUACAGUAAUUAUAUGGAGAAAAGGAAAGGGAAAAAGAAAGAAAAGACUAUUCUAAAUGCUUCCUCCUCUUUCAUCUAUUGCUGAAUAUUUUCCUAUGAAGUGGAAAUGGGCAUUGUUUCUGGUUCUCGGAAACGAUUUAUA